CUCCUCUCUGAACCCACAGUGACAUCGAGGAGAAGUCGAUGAUCUUGUCUCUGAAGCAGACCGAGUCUCUGUUUAAGCCGCGACACAUGAGCAGCUUCUUUACCGCGGGGGGUGCAGGAGUGAGUGGAGAGCCCGGUGACUCUCUGUUCAACAAACUGAAGGAGGAGCCGGAUGAGCUAGCCCAGCUGGCGCCAACACCCGGAGACACCAUCGUCACCCUGGACUUUGAUUGCCCUGCGUUCGAGGAGCCUCGGCAUCCUGGAGGAUACACCCAGGUGUCGGCUGCAGCUAUGCCCCUUCCUGGGCCUCCUUCCUGGGCCAUCGAGAGCCACAAGCUCUCCCCCCCGGCACCACUUCAUAGAGAAAUGUCCAACAUGGUGGGACCGUUCACCGUUCAUCAGAAUCCUCCUCCAGCCAGCAACACCCCCAGCCUGAGCAGCUGCUCCACG